GCCUAGAAGUCCCUCUUUGACUAUCGUAUGAGAAAGUAAAGGUCCUCCUCUUGUGUUUGCAAUCUUUACUGCCCCCCUCCGUCGCCCCUGCUUCUCGCUCUCAAAAUUCCCAUCCCCCCACUUUCUGUGUGUGGAUGUCGAUGCUACCAACGUCGCUCAUGAGAAAGCAGCGAAGCGAACCUAGGAGAAAACCGCCAGCAUUGAACAAGGCAAAAUAGUGACAACUCGGGACCCUGCACUGAAUCCAAGACAAGCCAAAACACUAUAGAAAAUUCCUUCGGAUAUUUGAGUUGCGUUGCCUCUCCCUCUUCAUCUCCUUAUUGCCCAGAGAAUGGCCGGCGGGCAUCCUAACGACCAAUUCAGUUUCUUGUACCAACCCGAAAGUGCUCAGAACCUGAAGAGUAAGGGUAGACUGUCUUCCAGUAUGAAUCCUGUGUACAGUCCCGUUCAGCCCGGCGCCCCAUACGGCACGCCCAAGAACCUGGCGUAUGCAGGCUAUCCUGCAGGGUACCCGACUGCUGCUCCCACAUACACACCCAACCUCUACCAGACUGGGAGCCCAGGGUACCCCCAAGUACUACUGCUGAAGCAGGGCUGGCCUCAGGCGACUGCUGCCCCCGGGGCCCCUGAGGGCUCCUAUGACCUGGCCAUGGACGGGAGCGCAGAGAACAGGCAGUACCAGGCCUCAUCUGCUGCUUUCAGAUAUGCUGCGGGGACUCCCUACAAGGUCCCCCCAGGCCAGUCUAACGGGGCGCCCCCCCCCUACUCCCCGUCCCCCAACCCCUACGCCACGGCCAUGUAUCCCAUCAGAAGUGCCUACCCCCAGCAGAACCUCUACACUCAGGUAGGCCCUGCCCCGCCCUGCCUCGCCCCGCCCUCGCCCUCGCCCGCCCUGCUCUGCGCGGGGUCGUAUGGCCUCCCCGCCGGCUGGUUCUGGGGUGCUUACUACACCCAGCCUGUGUACGCCGCCCAGCCUCAUGUCAUCCACCACACCACGGUGGUGCAGCCCAACAGCAUCCCCUCCGCCCUCUACCCCGCCCCCGCCCCACGCUCCAACGCCGUCGCCAUGGGGAUGGUGGCCGGCACCACCAUGGCCAUGUCUGCCGGCACCCUGCUGACCACACCUCAGCACACCCAACACAUUGGAGGGCAUCCAGUUACCGUGCCAACUUACCGGCCCCAGGGAACCCCUGGGUACAGCUACGUGCCUCCGCACUGGUAGAGCCACCAACUCAUAUCUGGAGUCAAGCAUCGCUCACAACAACUCAAGUCUUACAUUGGUGUAGAAGGGUCAUUGGAAGGGCACCAAGUUGGUCUGCAAGAACUAAAAACUAAAGUGCAAGUGUCACAUUCUUUUCAUAUUUGGAAGCUGCUUUUAUUUUUUAUUUUUUACCAGACUCAGUUUUUGUUUUUGUUUUUUUGUUGAAUAGUUUUCGUUUAUUUUGAAACUCUUAAAAUACAGGCACACUGACCAGCAGUAUAAAACAUUUAUAGUACAGUUGUCUUUUCCUUUCUUUUUCGAUGUUUCUGUGUCUGUUUCUUGUCGUUUGGUUCUGAUACUAAACCAAUCCCUUCAGCAGUGGGGAUGCACACAUCUCUGUACGCUGCCAAACUUUCAAAUGUUUCUAGUUCUUUUUCAUCAAACUUUUUCUUUCUCUCUGGGUGGUGUAUCCGGGUGGUGUGUCCGGGUGGUGUGUCCGGCUCGUCCCAGUCAUCCCCUGGGACAGCGGCCGUCACCCCUGACUUUCCUCGCCUUUUUAAUUUGCCUUCUGGUUUGGGUUUACGUUCAAGAACACCAUUUCCCAGCACAGUUAAACAAGGGUUGUCUUCCAGCUUGUAGCAGUGCAUCAACUUGGCUUUGUAAGAAUAUACCCCACUGUCUGACAGUUUCAAUGUGGUAACACUCCAGUAGGAGAAAGAUUUAUACCAUAAGCAUAAUUUCAACACCAUUUAAAGGACAAUUUCAGUGAAGUCAGUGACUACCUAAUUAGCUUGUACAUCUACUAGAGUAUAGUAAGCAAUUUAAAUAUCUUGGACAUAUAUGAAUAUAUUAUUAUGUAGGUAUAAAGAUGCGUGAAUAAGCAGUGGUUGUGUUUCUUCACACACGUACUCAACCGAUAUGUAAAACUCUAAGUAUUCAAAGUGUGCAUAUACACCUGUGUAAAGAUGGCAUAGGACAUGCACGCACACUAAUAUACACACAAGCUACAUACAGAUGUGUCUGCGGCUGUGAUUGGACGAAGGCAAUGUUUUUUGUGGUUUUGUUAUUGGCUGGAUUCAUCUUCCCUUAAGGCUAACAUGCUCCGAUGUGAACUAGCGCUAGUUAGCGUUGCAGACAUUUGUGGCGCUUGAUUGAUGAGCCAGGGUGUCAGUGUGACCUUUGAAACUGACGUUAAAGGAUUUAAAGGGACAGUAAGGUUAAUUGGGGACAGCUGUUUGACACAAUUGUAUCACAUCAUAUGGACCAGGGAGAAAUUGAGCAAGAGAGGUGGCAGUAAGCGUUUGAGGAACAAAAAAAGAAAUAUGUAAAAAAAGUAAUUAGUCUUGUCCUCUGAGGAACACAGUGUUGUGCAUGUCUCCCAUCUCCAAAACUGUGAAGGAACCACAGACUGGAGAUUAUUGUUAUUGGCAAUAAAGAUAUGAUUUCAUAUCAUGUUUACAUAGACAAACAGCCAGCAAGGACUGCAUUAAAACCGGAUUAGCGUUGACAGUUCCUCAGGUGAUCUGUAGGGGGCAACAGAGAGCGAUGCGCAGGUAUGUGAGGGAUGGAAGAAGAGAUGACGCCUGGCCUCAAAGUAAAUCAGCUCCUGCUCCGAGAAUUGCUUCUUUAAAAUUAACGUUACUGAUAUGAAUUUCGGUCAGUGCACGUAACAACAGGAAGUAGUAUCUGUACUUCCUGUAACAGUUCAAACCCAUUUGGAGAAAAAACACUGGCAGUUACAUUCGCAAACCAUCGUUUUUCAUCCAAGGAAUUUGUGAAAUCCUGAAUCGUUGCGUUUGCAUGUUGGCUAAACCUUUUGCGGUACCUGGUUGCUUAGUCCACUUCGCACCAGAAUAGCUUCUGUCCUUUAGGACUUUCCUUUUUCUUUUUCUAAUGGAGCCAGGCCAGGAUAUCUUGACUUCCUGGGCAUACAAUAACAGGCGCUGUUGAGGGAAACGUUUGGUGAAUAGAAAGUAAGAGGCCGGAGGGGGAUUUACAGUGAGACUAGGUCGUGGAUAGAGGUCAGAGGUCACGUCCAUUGUGGACCAGAAGUAUCAGACUGGUUGUUUGAGGGUCGAGGGGAAGGUCAAGGGUCAUGAUGGUGGACUUUCCAAGGGACAGGGUUGGGGUGACUGGAGGUUGUUACGGGGUUCUAAGGGGUGUGAGGUCACAGUUUGAGCACCCUCUACCCUCCCCCCUCACCCCCUCCUGUGCGUGACCACAUAUCAGAGUUGUCGUGUGAGUGUGUCAAAAAAAAAAUAUUGCACAAGCAUCUAAAAGUAAUAAUCUAUGCUAACAAAUAGGUACGGAAUCGUUUAGGAGACUUCAUUUUAGUUCAGUUUGAUUUGGUAAGGUACACAUUGGUCUCUGUAAACUGGCUGUAAACUUAAGGCUUAGGGAUAAUAUACUGUAUCUGUUCUGGGUAAACACUAUCAUCUGACUUAAUUUAGUGGAUUGCAAGUAGUUGACCAUCGUUCAAAGAUGCAACAUAUUGAUUUGGAACUUUUUCAUCUGGGUUUUUGUUUGUGGAAUGGUUCGUCCAACAGACAAAUGAGUAUAGGACAAAUGAGUAUAGGAAGGUUACCAAGGUUACCAAGGUAGAGUAGGUGUGCGAGUGUGUGUGUGUGUGUGUAUGCAGUCUUGUGUGAGUGUAUCCUCCAUACCUUGGGAGGGGAGUUCAGAGCAGACAAUACGAACAUUAUACCCUUCCUCUUUAUUAAAGAAUCAAAACAGAGAGCCUGCAGAAACAACAACAUCUAAAUUUAAAGACUAAAUUAAUAUUGUGCUAAAGAUUUGGAGAACAAGAGUAAAUAUUUUUAUUGACACAUUAAGCUUGUUUAAUUUGAGACCAUUGACCACGACAACAACGGAAGAAAAAAAAAGAACAAAAAAAAAAAAGAAUAUUUUUAUUUUUUACAGCUCUUCACUAGAAUUUGAAAUGUGAUGGGGACAGAACGCUGCAUAUGGCUUGUUGCGCAAUCCCAGGUCCAGUAGAACACCAGGAUGCCCCCCCUAAAUCCUGGGUUUUAAAAACCUCAGAGGAAAUCAACCAUGUGUACGAGUAUAACCUUGGUGUUUAAAACAGAUUUAAUUUUUUUUUAAUAACGAUUCAUUUCUGGUAUGUGAUUUAAGCGCUUCUUACCAUAAGUGUUAUUUAAAGUUUUAAUGAUUGAUGUUUAUUAUUCUUAAGGUAGAGGAUCCGAUGGGUUCAGCUGAGGCUGGUCUGUGUUGAGGAACUUCAUACGAGGUUGGGUGGAACACAAGUCUGGGGGGGUGAGCAGAGGGUUGAUAACAGACUUGGGUCAAUCACUAUUCGCAAAUACUGUCAAAUAAGGAGUGGAACCAGUUGAUCGGAUCUGAGAACUGCACGUUGUAAAGCAAAUCGAACGCGCCUCAUUUACUUUAACUUGACCCAGGUCUGUCCACGGACUGGAGGGAAAUAGGUCCUCACUCGCUGGCCCCUUUCAAGACCUUCAGAGACUUGGGGGGGCUCUGAAACACAUAACAGUCUGUUCAUAGACAUAUAGGCUAAAAGCAGAUACCAAGGCUAAGUGUUAAGAUGACUGAGCGUUGGAAGUGACCAGUGUUUCAACACCUUCGGUUGGGAUGUGACCCCUAGGUUGAACCAGAAAGGGUGUUUCUUUACUGUUUCAGAUCGUUUUGGUCGUGCACUUCAGCCUUGUACAACUCUGAUUUGAAACGGUAAUAUACAGUUAGAAAUAAGCUCUGUGUCUUCCAGGAGAAAGAGAUAAAAUAUUUUCCAGAUUAAGUUUGUCGUCAGAACCUUGAGAAGGGCCCCCAACCAGUGACCCAACGUUAUUGCAAGGUUCUGUCACAAAUGUUGCAGCAACGCUGGUGGAGCAUUUUUGUAACAUUAGGUUGGGAUUCUUAUUGCAGAGACCCACAUCAGACUUGUGUAUAUGAAGUGUAAAUUUGUUUUCGUUUUUAUGUUGUUCAAGAGGAUGGUUAGUGAGCCUGGUGACAGGCGUAAGGCAACUUUGUAAUUGUAUUAUAUUUACUGUACGAUGUAGAACAUUCAAUAACUAUUAAAAUCUUUCCCAAAAAGUCAA